AAAAAAUCUUUUUUUUUUUUCUUCUACUUUUUUUUUCAUUAUAUCUUAGAAUUACUAUGCCAAUAGAACCGGCAUUAGAACGAUCCCCAUCCGAGAUAUCCUCGAAAACCAAUGUCGAUGUACCGUCCGUUUCGAACGAAAAGCCCGUAGAAAACGGUGCAAACGAUGCCAACGCUACAGACGACGCAGCCAAUGCAAAGAAAUUGCGUACGCAGCGAAUUCUUACGUUUGUCGGACUUCAGCUGUCACUGUUCUUGGCUGCUCUCGAUAGUACCAUCGUUUCCACCGCAUUGCCUCGAAUUGGUUCUGAUUUCAACCAAAUGUCGAUCGUUUCAUGGGUCGCCACUGCUUAUAUCCUUACCUUUGAUGCCUGCCAACCUCUCUAUUCUAAAUUUUCCGAUAUUUUUGGACGUAAAUGGAUCCUUAUUUUUGGCAUCGUAGUCUUCCUUUUUGGUUCCGUUUUAUGUGGUGCUGCUCAGUCCAUGAUCAUGUUAAUUAUUGCUCGUGCUAUUGCUGGCAUUGGCGGCGCAGGCAUUUUCUCCAUGGUUUUCAUCAUCUUUUCCGAUCUUGUUCCACUCGAGAAGCGGGGUACCUACCAAGGCAUUGUGAAUGCCGUGUUUGCAUUGUCCAGUGUAUUUGGCCCAUUGAUUGGUGGAAGUUUCACGGAUUAUGUGACCUGGCGAUGGAAUUUUUACAUCAAUUUACCUAUUGGUGCCGCAGCAAUGGUGGUGUUGCUCCUGUAUCUUCGCUUGCCCACUCCCAAGGAAGCUUUCCGUGAAAAGUUGAAGCGCAUUGAUUAUGUGGGAACAUUUAUUGUUUUGAUUUUUGCGACACUGUUCUUACUCGCGAUGAAUUUCGGAGGUCAAACCUUUCCGUGGAAGUCGGCUGCUGUCAUUGUACCACUUGUGCUCACCGUGCUGCUUGUCGCGUUGUUGGUGUUUGUGGAAUGCAAGUUUGCAAAGGAGCCAUUAAUGCCUCCGAGAUUAUUCAAAAAUCGUACCGUUGUCAGCAUCCUUAUUAGCAACUGGUUCUUUGGCAUCACUCUGUAUACCAUGGUGUUCUACCUUCCCAUUUAUUUCCAGGUCGUACGCGCGGAUUCUGCUAUGUGGUCCGGUAUCCGUCUCAUUCCCAUGCAGAUGAUGAUCUGUGUAUUUUCCACCGCAGCCGGUAUAUUUAUUUCUCGAGUCGGCGUCUUCCGUCCUCUAAUCAUUUUCGGUAUGGCCAUGCUAACCCUUUGCGUCGGUCUCAUCAGUUUAUUCGGUUUGGACACCAACUGGUCCAUGAUUUAUGGUAUCACCAUUAUUGGCGGUGUGGGUCUCGGCUGCAUUUUCUCGUCGGCCAUCAUUGCUUUGCAAGCAGCGGUGGAACAUCGCGAUAUUGCUGUCGUGACAGGAUUAGGAAAUUUUUCCCGUAUUCUCGGUGGCGCUCUUGGCGUUGCCAUCGCGUCCGCUGUCCUCAAUUCGUCCUUAACUUCGGACCUGCCUUUGGUGAUUCCAAAAGAAUAUGCGACCCAAGUCAUUGCCUCUUCCGAAUUUGUGCGCAAUGGCUUGCCGCCGCAGUACAUUGAACCGACAUUGGAUGUUUAUGUGGACGCUUUACGCCUCAUUUGGUAUGUCAUGAUCCCCAUGUCCGGUAUUGGUUUCAUUGCGACUUUGUUUGUGCAACAUCAUGCCAUCAAGAAGCCCAAACAACCUAAACCUUCUAAUGUUGACGGACACAAAUCAACCGAAGCUGCACCUGCUGAAGCACCCGGAGAAGAAAUUGUGGUUGACUUGCCGGCAGGCAGCGAGAAGCAUGAGAUCUCUUCCAAUAGUAAAGUGGACGAUUCUCACUAAUGUCAUCUCACUUUUCAUCUUUUUUUUUUUUUCAACAUUUCAUUCAUUUUGUCUUUCUUCUAUCUUUUCUUCACAUUGCAUACUCAUAUUUAUAUAGUCGCUGUACAAAUGCAUAUAUCUCUGUAGUCUAUAACCUUUCUGUAGACUAUCAUAUAUUAGCAAC